AUUCAUCUGUGAAAAAACAGAUUUGUAAAAUAUUCCAAAUAAUUACUCCUUAAAAACGACAGAAAAUGUUUAAUAAUCUUUUCGGUAAAGCGCCGUCACUCAAGGAGCAACAACGUGAAAAUGAUAAAAGUUUAAGAAAAGCUUCUCGUGACAUUGAACGGGAACGAAGAAAACUGGAGGAGGAGGAAAAGAAACUUCAAAUGGAAAUUAAAAAGAAUGCAGCUCAAGGAAAUAAUGACGUUUGUCGUAUACUGGCCAAACAACUAGUUGAGAUACGUAAGCAGAAGGCUCGUACAUUUGCUGCAAACAGCAAGAUCACUUCGAUUGGCUAUCAAAACAAAAAUAUUGGCACCAAUGUGGCUUUAAGUAAUGCCAUGAGCACAUCGGCAAAGACCAUGGCUGAUAUGAACAAAAUUAUGAAACCGGAAAGUAUUGCAGCAAAUGUUAGAGACUUCCAACAGGCUAAUAUGAAAAUGGAAAUGACCGAUGAAAUGAUCAAUGAUACACUUGAUGAUAUGUUGGCUGAUUCUGAUGAUGAAGAUGAAACCAAUGCUGUUGUCAAUAAGGUUCUGGACGAAAUUGGCAUUGAAAUCUCAGGACAAAUGUCAAAAAUACCAUCGACAGCAUCUGGUGACUUGGAAGAUAAACGCACUGACAAAGAUAUAGCUGCUCAAUUGGCUAAAUUGCGUUCCACGUAGAAUAGUAAUUUUCAUUAGUUUUAAUAUUAUAUUGUAUUUCUUUUCCGAUUAUGUUUUUAUUAAUAAAUUUAUAUAACACAUACAAA